GUCAGAACGGCUUCAAACGAAGGCUCCAGGGCUGUGUUCUCGUGUCUCGACUAGCCCAAGUCUCGUUAGCCCUCCGAAAUGCCGAAAGCCGGAGCACAAGAGGGUGAAGACCCCGAUCCGACCCCAUACCUGUUCGUUUCUCUAGAACAGAAACGUAUCGACCAGAGCAAGCCCUACGAUGGCAAGAAGGCUUGCUGGGUGCCGGACGAGAAGGAGGGCUUCGUGCAGGGAGAAAUUAAGGCCACCAAGGGCGACCUGGUGACCGUCAACCUCCCCGGGGGCGAGGAGAAGACACUAAAAAAGGAACUCCUCUCACAAGUAAACCCGCCGAAAUUCGAGAAAGUCGAGGACAUGGCUGACCUGACGUACCUAAACGACGCUGCCGUCCUCCACAACCUUCGACAACGAUACUAUGCGAAACUUAUCUACACUUACUCGGGUCUCUUCUGUGUGGCCAUCAACCCCUACAAGAGGUUCCCCGUGUACACCUUCCGUUGCGCCAAGCUCUACCGAGGCAAGCGUCGUUCGGAAGUUCCGCCUCACAUUUUCGCCAUUUCCGAUGGCGCUUAUGUCAACAUGUUAACCAACCACGAAAAUCAAUCUAUGUUGAUUACCGGUGAGUCUGGUGCUGGUAAGACUGAAAACACGAAGAAGGUAAUUGCGUACUUCGCCACCGUCGGUGCCUCUCAGAAGAAGGACCCGACUCAGGAGAAGAAGGGAUCUCUGGAAGACCAGGUCGUACAAACUAACCCUGUGCUUGAAGCCUUCGGUAACGCCAAGACUGUGCGUAACGACAACUCCUCCCGUUUCGGUAAAUUCAUCCGUAUUCACUUCGGACCAUCUGGAAAACUGGCUGGUGCCGAUAUCGAGACCUAUCUGCUAGAGAAGGCUCGUGUCAUCUCCCAACAGACACUCGAGCGUUCUUACCACAUCUUCUACCAGAUGAUGUCUGGCUCCGUCAAAGGACUUAAAGAGAUCUGCCUUUUGUCUAAUGACAUCAUGGACUACAACAUCGUCGCACAAGGCAAAACCGUCAUCCCGGGCGUUAACGACGGCGAGGAAAUGAAACUUACUGACGAAGCUUUCGACAUUCUGGGCUUCACCCAAGAAGAGAAGGACAACGUAUACAAGAUCACUGCCUCUGUAAUGCACAUGGGCUCCAUGAAGUUCAAGCAGAGAGGUCGCGAGGAGCAGGCUGAAGCCGACGGCACUGCUGAUGGUGAGAAGGUCGCCACACUGCUCGGCGUCGACGUCCAGGACUUGUACAAGAACUUGUUGAAGCCCCGCAUCAAGGUCGGAAACGAGUUCGUGACCCAGGGUCGUAACAAGGACCAGGUCACCAACUCCGUCGGUGCCCUCUGCAAGGGUAUCUUCGAUCGUCUCUUCAAGUGGCUCGUGAAGAAGUGUAACGAGACCCUAGACACCAAGCAGAAGAGGCAGCACUUCAUCGGUGUACUGGAUAUUGCUGGUUUCGAAAUCUUCGACUACAACGGUUUCGAGCAACUCUGCAUUAACUUCACAAAUGAGAAGCUGCAACAAUUCUUUAACCACCACAUGUUCGUCCUCGAACAAGAGGAGUACAAGCAGGAGGGAAUCAACUGGGUUUUCAUCGAUUUCGGGAUGGACUUGCUAGCUUGUAUCGAUCUGAUCGAAAAGCCUAUGGGUAUCCUCUCGAUUCUUGAGGAAGAGUCUAUGUUCCCGAAAGCCACUGACCAGACGUUCGUUGAGAAGUUGAACAACAACCACUUGGGCAAGUCUGCUCCUUACCUGAAGCCCAAGCCUCCCAAGCCUGGUUGCCAAGCCGCUCACUUCGCCAUUGGUCACUACGCCGGUAAUGUCGGUUACAACAUCACUGGCUGGCUUGAGAAGAACAAGGAUCCUCUUAACGACACCGUUGUCGAUCAGUUCAAGAAGGGCCAGAACAAACUGUUGGUCGAAAUCUUCGCUGACCAUCCCGGCCAGUCCGGUGACGCCGGCGCUGGCGGUGGCGGCAAGGGCGCUGGAAGCAAGCGUACCAAGGGUUCCGCCUUCCAGACCGUAUCUUCGCUCUACAGGGAACAACUGAACAACUUGAUGACGACUCUGAGGUCGACUCAGCCUCACUUCGUGCGUUGUAUCAUUCCCAAUGAAUUGAAACAGGCCGGUCUCAUCGACUCCCACCUUGUGAUGCACCAGCUCACCUGUAACGGUGUGUUGGAAGGCAUCCGUAUUUGCCGUAAAGGUUUCCCCAACAGGAUGGUCUACCCUGACUUCAAGCUCCGUUACAUGAUUCUUGCGCCAGCAAUCAUGCAGGCUGAAAAAGACCCGAAAGAAGCAGCAAGGAAGUGUCUCGAAUCAGUCGAGCUCGACCCUGAGAGUUAUCGUAUAGGGCACACCAAGGUAUUCUUCCGCGCUGGUGUCCUGGGUCAGAUGGAGGAGUUGCGUGACGACAGGCUCUCCAAGAUCGUAUCUUGGCUGCAGUCCUACAUCCGUGGUUACCUCUCCAGGAAGGACUUCAAGAAACUGCAAGAACAGAGAUUGGCUCUCCAAGUGGUCCAGCGCAACUUGCGCAAAUACCUCCAACUGCGCACCUGGCCCUGGUGGAAGCUGUGGCAGAGGGUCAAGCCCCUCCUCAACGUCACGCGCAUCGAGGAUGAGAUCGCGAAACUGGAGGAGAAGGCACAGAAGGCCCAGGAAGCUUUCGAGAAGGAGGAAAAACUCCGCAAGGAAGUCGAGGCCCUCAACUCGAAGCUCCUCGAAGAGAAGGCGAACCUUUUGGCUAGUCUGGAAGGCGAAAAGGGAUCUCUCUCUGAAAUUCAAGACCGCGCUAACAAGCUCCAGGCGCAGAAGGCUGAUGUCGAGAGCCAACUUAGGGAUACCCAAGACCGCCUCACCCAAGAGGAGGAUGCCCGCAACCAGCUCUUCCAAGCCAAGAAGAAGUUGGAACAGGAAGUCUCCGGCUUGAAGAAGGAUGUCGAAGACUUGGAACUUUCCGUCCAGAAAUCUGAGCAAGACAAGGCCACCAAGGAUCACCAGAUCCGCAACUUGAACGAUGAGAUCGCCCACCAGGACGAGCUCAUCAACAAGCUCAACAAGGAGAAGAAGCUCCAAGGCGAGACCACCCAGAAGACCGCCGAGGAACUGCAGGCCGCCGAGGACAAGGUCAACCACCUCAACAAGGUCAAGCAGAAGCUCGAGCAGACCCUCGACGAACUCGAAGACUCGUUGGAGCGCGAAAAGAAACUGCGUGCCGACGUCGAGAAGCAGAGGAGGAAGGUCGAGGGCGACCUCAAGCUCACCCAGGAGGCCGUCUCCGACCUCGAGCGCAACAAAAAGGAACUCGAACAGACCAUCCAGCGCAAGGACAAGGAGAUCUCCUCGCUCACCGCCAAGCUCGAGGACGAGCAGUCCCUGGUCAGCAAGACCCAGAAACAGAUCAAGGAACUGCAAGCCCGCAUCGAGGAAUUGGAAGAGGAAGUCGAGUCCGAACGCCAGGCCCGCGCUAAGGCCGAGAAGCAGCGCGCCGAUCUCGCUCGCGAACUCGAGGAGCUCGGCGAGCGGCUCGAGGAAGCCGGUGGCGCCACCUCUGCCCAGAUCGAGCUCAACAAGAAGCGCGAGGCCGAGCUCAGCAAGCUGCGCCGCGACCUGGAGGAGGCCAACAUCCAGCACGAGUCCACCCUCGCCAACCUCCGCAAGAAGCACAACGAUGCCGUUGCUGAGAUGGGCGAGCAGCUCGACCAACUCAACAAACUUAAAUCCAAGGCUGAACACGACCGGGCGUCUUGCUACAACGAGCUUAACAACACUCGCGCCGCCAUUGACCAAGUCGCGAGGGAGAAGGCUGCCCAAGAGAAGAUCGUCAAGCAACUGCAGCACCAGCUCAACGAGGUCCAGGGCAAGGCUGACGAAGCCAACCGCACCCUCAACGACCUCGACGCCGCCAAGAAGAAGUUGUCCAUCGAGAACUCUGACCUGCUCCGCCAGUUGGAGGAGGCCGAGUCCCAGGUGUCGCAGCUUUCCAAGAUCAAGGUGUCGCUCACCACACAGUUGGAAGACACCAAGAGGCUUGCCGACGAAGAGGCCAGGGAACGCGCUACCCUUCUUGGCAAGUUCCGCAACCUCGAACACGACUUGGACAACAUCCGCGAGCAAGUCGAAGAGGAAGCCGAAGGCAAGGCUGACUUACAACGCCAGCUUUCCAAGGCUAACGCUGAAGCUCAAUUGUGGCGCUCCAAAUACGAAUCCGAGGGUGUCGCUCGCUCUGAGGAACUCGAGGAGGCCAAGCGCAAGCUCCAGGCCCGCCUCGCCGAAGCCGAGGAGACCAUUGAAUCCCUCAACCAGAAGGUCGUUGCCCUCGAGAAGACCAAGCAGCGCCUUGCAACUGAAGUCGAGGACCUGCAACUCGAAGUCGACCGCGCCACUGCCAUCGCUAACGCCGCUGAGAAGAAACAGAAAGCCUUCGACAAAAUCAUUGGCGAAUGGAAGCUUAAGGUUGACGACCUUGCCGCUGAACUCGAUGCCAGCCAGAAGGAAUGCCGCAACUACUCCACUGAAUUAUUCCGCCUCAAGGGUGCCUACGAAGAAGGUCAGGAACAACUCGAGGCUGUCCGCCGUGAGAACAAGAACCUCGCUGAUGAAGUCAAGGACUUGCUCGACCAGAUCGGUGAGGGUGGCCGCAACAUCCACGAAAUCGAGAAAGCCAGGAAGCGUCUCGAAGCCGAGAAAGACGAGCUCCAGGCCGCCCUCGAGGAGGCUGAAGCAGCCCUCGAACAGGAAGAGAACAAGGUCCUUCGCGCUCAGCUCGAGCUUUCCCAAGUCAGACAGGAGAUCGACAGGAGGAUCCAGGAGAAGGAAGAGGAAUUCGAGAACACCCGCAAGAACCACCAACGCGCCUUGGACUCCAUGCAGGCUUCCCUCGAAGCCGAGGCUAAGGGUAAGGCUGAGGCCCUGCGCAUGAAGAAGAAGCUCGAAGCUGACAUCAAUGAACUUGAAAUCGCCCUCGACCACGCCAACAAGGCUAACGCCGAAGCCCAGAAGAACAUCAAACGCUACCAAGGACAAAUCAAGGACCUCCAGACCGCCUUGGAAGAGGAACAACGCGCACGUGACGAUGCCCGCGAACAGCUCGGUAUCUCGGAGCGUCGCGCCAACGCCCUCCAGAACGAACUCGAGGAAUCCCGUACGCUCCUGGAACAGGCCGACCGCGCUCGCCGCCAGGCCGAACAGGAACUUGGCGAUGCUCACGAACAGCUCAACGAGCUCUCCGCUCAGAACGGUUCCCUUUCCGCCGCCAAGAGGAAACUCGAGUCCGAGCUCCAGACCCUACACUCCGACCUCGACGAGCUCCUCAACGAGGCUAAGAACUCCGAAGAGAAGGCGAAGAAGGCCAUGGUCGACGCCGCCAGGCUCGCCGACGAACUCCGCGCUGAGCAGGAACACGCUCAGACACAGGAGAAACUCCGCAAGGCUCUCGAACAACAAAUCAAGGAACUGCAGGUCAGGCUUGACGAAGCCGAGGCGAACGCGCUCAAGGGAGGCAAGAAGGCCAUCCAGAAACUCGAACAGAGGGUACGAGAACUCGAAAACGAGCUCGACGGUGAACAGAGGAGACACGCAGACGCACAGAAGAACCUGCGUAAGGCCGAGAGGCGCAUCAAGGAACUGACUUUCCAGGCCGAAGAGGACCGCAAGAACCACGAGCGUAUGCAAGACCUCGUCGACAAACUCCAGCAGAAGAUCAAGACCUACAAGAGGCAGAUCGAGGAAGCGGAAGAAAUUGCCGCCCUCAACUUGGCCAAGUUCCGCAAGGCACAACAGGAAUUAGAGGAAGCCGAAGAAAGGGCAGAUCUCGCGGAACAGGCGAUCAGCAAAUUCCGUGGCAAGGGACGCGCAGGAUCCGCUGCGAGAGGAGUCAGUCCGGCGCCCCAGCGCACGCGCCCCGCUUUUGACGGCCUUGGCACCUUCCCACCAAGGUUCGACCUGGCGCCAGAAAACGAUUUCUAAACGUUCCACAACAGAAUAUAAUAACGGACUGUACAGAUUAUAUCGUUGAACAACAAUAACAACAGUUUUUUUAUACAACACAAGUGUUUAUAAGACAGCGUGAACUAUUCGUAAAUAAGAAUUUAUUAAAAUUUACAACAAUUAUUGUUACACCCUAAUUUGAAAAUCCAAAAGGUAUACUAGUUAUUAUAAAUGUUUUUACGAAAGGUUAUAUUGUAACUUGUUGAUAUUUUAUUUAUAAUUAUUUAUUUAUUAAUGUGAAAGUAUGUAUUGUACUGAGUGGGUGGGUAGCGAUGGGUGCAAGAGCGCCCGAACUUCCGAGACACACCCUAGAUCCCUUAAACGGAGCUACUUUUGCACCCAUCGCUCGCCUUACCAUUGACAUCCAAUAAAACAAGAUAUCGUUGUCAGAAAAUAUUACCAAAGGCUUUUCAUUUAUAACUAUUUCCCUGAUAUAUUUAUUUAUAUUUUGAUGGAAGUAUGUAUUGAAAUAAUUGGAAGCUUGAUGGGUGCACCAGUAACCACCCCUAAAGACACACCCACCAUCUCUUCCACAGAGUUAUAUGUGCACCCAUUACUCGACUUGCUAAUUGCUAUUCAAUAAAACAAGAUAUCAUUGUCAGAAAAUUA